AUGCCUUCUGAAAAGAAACAACUUCUUAUUGUGGGCGCUGGAGCUUCAGGGCUUCCGUCUAUUCGACAUGCCCUACUGUAUCCAAAUGUUCAGGUGACUUGCUUUGAGAAGUCGAAUGAUAUUGGUGGAUUGUGGAAUUACAAACCUCAUCAGACAGAUUUGUCCACUGUCAUGAAGUCCACCGUAAUCAACUCAUCGAAAGAAAUGACUGCAUUCUCCGAUUUCCCACCAGAAGACACAAUGUCCAACUUCAUGCAUAACACAGAGAUGUGUAGAUAUCUGAAGAAUUAUGCGAAGAAUUUCGGGCUCACAAAGUACAUCAAGUUGAAUCAUGCCGUUGUUUCGAUUGUUCGAAAUGAUGACUAUGCGGAGACCGGGAAGUGGAGAGUCAGAUAUACAGAUGGGAACGGAAAAGAGCACGAGAAAAUUUUCGAUGGAGUAAUGCUAUGCUCUGGACAUCACGCACUUCCCCACAUUCCGAACCCAUGGCCAGGACAGAAACAAUUCGAAGGACGAAUCAUUCAUUCUCAUGAUUAUAAAGAUCAUCGUGGCUAUGAGGAUAAGGUUGUCGUCGUGGUGGGACUCGGCAACUCAGGUGGAGAUUGUGCAGUUGAGUUGAGUCGAGUUGCGAAACAAGUCUAUUUGGUCACAAGACGUGGCAGUUGGGUUUACAAUCGAUUGUUUGAUAGAGGAGAACCAGUGGAUAUGGUUUUCAAUACAAAAUUCCAAAUGCUCUUCUCUCAAGUUGUUCCAACUCCAAUCCUUAAUUGGAGUUUCGAAAGACUUCUGAAUAGAAGAUUUGACCAUGCAAAGUAUGGACUCAAGCCCGAACAUUCCGCUUUGGGAGCUCAUAUAACUAUCAAUGACGAGUUACCAAACCGUAUUGCGUGUGGAACUGUUAGAGUCAAGCCAGGAAUCAAAGAAUUUUCCCAGAAAUCGAUUAAAUUUGAAGAUGGAUCUGUAGUGGAGAAUGUGGAUGAAGUGAUCCUAGCCACCGGAUUCUCAUUUCAUUUCAAUCUUGUCGAGGGAGAAAAAUUGAUAAAAGUGAAUGAGAAUAAGGUGGAUGCAUACAAAUAUGUGUUCCCAUUGGCGACUGCGGAUCAUAAUACUUUGGCUAUCAUUGGAUUGAUUCAACCAAUCGGAUCAAUCAUGCCGAUAAGUGAAAUGCAAGCAAGAGUCUACAUGGAAUCGUUUGCGGCUGGAAGACCAUUACCAACUCGAGCGGAGAUGAAAGCUGACAUUAUCCAAAAACGAGAAGAAAUGAGUCGCCGUUACGUGGAGAGUCGUCGCCACACUAUUCAAGUGGAUUAUGCGAGUUAUAUGCAUGAACUCGGGGAUCUCAUCGGAUGCAAUCCCGAUAUGAAAAGUCUUUUGAUGUGGAAACCAAUGCUCGCUUGGAAAGUAUACUUCGGUCCAUGUGUCCCGUAUAUCUUCAGAUUGAAUGGACCAAACAAGUGGGAAGGAGCAGAGAACGCGAUUUGGGAUGUGGAGUAUAGAGCGGAGAAGCCAACCAAUAGCAAGUUGGAAAGAAAGUAA